GAGAUUUCCGGUGGGGUGAGGUUUUCGGUCGAGCGGGGGCGGCAGUACCAAGGCUGUAGGUUUUAGUUCCAUAAAGCACGUGGCGCGCGCAUUUGGCACAAGGACUCAAGAACGGACUCAAGUGCGAGGCGGACAUCCGUGGAGAGGCCUUGAAGUUGAACUCACUCUCUGUGGUUCCUGGCCCAGCUCCGGGUGAGGGGCUUCCGGUGGCGCUAAAGCUCUGCGCGUUCAGUAAUGGACUACCGGCGGCUGCUGAUGAGUCGGGUAGUCCCCGGGCAGUUCGACGACGCGGACUCCUCCGACAGUGAAAACAUUAACUGGAAGAUAAGGAAAGAAGAAGAUGACUUUCUGUGUGAAGACUUUCAAAAUAAUGUGAAUGAAAGGAUGGAUGAAGGUGAGAUAGAAGAUGAAGAGGAGGAUUAUGAAGAUGAAGAUGAUUGGGACUGGGAUGAUGGAAUUGGAAAACUCACCAAGGGUUGUAUCUCAAAUGGAGGGAGUAACCCACAGGCAAAUCGACAGCCUUCCAGCUAUAAUUCAGCCAAAAUGUCUACUCCAGCAGACAAGGUCUUACGGAAAUAUGAGAAUAAAAUUAAUCUAGAUAAACUAAAUGUUACUGAUUCUGUCAUAAAUAAAGUCACUGAAAAGUCUAGACAAAAGGAAGCAGACAUGUAUCGCAUCAAAGAUAAGGCAGACAGAGCAACUGUAGAACAGGUGUUGGAUCCCAGAACACGAAUGAUAUUAUUCAAGAUGUUGACUAGAGGAGUGAUAUCAGAGAUAAAUGGCUGCAUUAGCACAGGAAAAGAAGCUAAUGUAUACCAUGCUAGCACAACAAAUGGAGAGAGCAGAGCAAUUAAAAUUUAUAAAACUUCUAUUUUGGUGUUCAAAGAUCGGGAUAAGUAUGUAAGCGGGGAAUUCAGGUUUCGUCAUGGCUAUUGUAAAGGAAACCCCAGAAAAAUGGUGAAAACUUGGGCAGAAAAAGAAAUGAGGAACUUGAUUAGGCUAAACACAGCUGGGAUCCCAUGCCCCGAACCUAUCUUGCUAAGAAGUCAUGUUCUUGUCAUGGGUUUUAUUGGUAAAGAUGACAUGCCAGCACCACUCCUGAAAAACAUCCAGUUAUCAGAAUCCAAGGCUCGGGAGUUGUACCUGCAGGUCAUCCAAUACAUGAGGAUAAUGUAUCAAGAUGCCAGACUUGUCCAUGCAGAUCUCAGUGAAUUUAACAUGUUGUACAGUGGUGGGGGUGUGUACAUCAUUGAUGUUUCUCAGUCUGUGGAGCAUGACCACCCACAUGCCUUGGAGUUCUUGAGAAAAGAUUGUGCUAAUGUCAAUGACUUCUUUCUGAAGCACAACGUUGCUGUGAUGACUGUGCGGGAACUCUUUGAAUUUGUCACAGACCCAUCAAUUACGCAGGAGAACAUGGAUGCUUAUCUCUCAAAGGCUAUGGAAAUAGCAUCCCAAAGGACCAAGGAAGAAAGGUCCAGCCAAGAUCAUGUAGAUGAAGAGGUGUUUAAACGAGCAUAUAUUCCUAGAACCUUGAAUGAAGUAAAAAAUUACGAGAGGGAUAUGGAUAUAAUGAUGAAAUUGAAGGAAGAGGACAUGGCCAUGAAUGCCCAGCAGGACAAUAUUCUGUACCAGACUGUUACAGGAUUGAAGAAAGAUUUGUCAGGCGUUCAGAAGGUACCUGCACUCCUAGAAAAUCAGGUUAAGGAAAAGAAUUGUGAUUCAGAAGAUGCUGGAAGCUCUGAGUGUUCUGAUGCAGCUUCUGAAGAGCAGGGAGACUAUGUCUGCUCCAGGAAACCCACCACUGACCUUGAAGUUGAUAAAAAGGAAAGAAAAAAGAUGGUCAAGGAAGCCCAGAGAGAAAAAAGAAAAAACAAAAUUCCUAAACAUGUGAAGAAAAGAAAGGAGAAGACAGCCAAGACAAAAAAGGGCAAAUAGAUCAGAACUAUAUUAUGUGCAGUACUUUGCCAUCAGUUGCUUUUCUUGCCUGUAUGUUAAGCUGCAUCUAUGAGAUGAGAUAUUGAUUUUAACUGGAUGGUUAUUAUGACAGUGUCUGAAGACUGAUUCAAGUGUUUUCAUGCAGUUAUGUAGAAGAGCUCUAGGCUCUGUUUUCUAGAUCCAGUCACUGGCUCUGUCUGGUAUUGACAGAGAAUUUAUUUAAGCUAUUUUAAUGAAGAACUUUGUACAAUAUUAUUUUUAUAUAUUUUUUCUCCUUCCGUAUGUUUUCUGAAGCAUCAUAAAUAUUUAAAUGUAAUGAAUGUCCACUACUUUUGUGUAAGUGUAAACACUUACACAAAAGUAAAAGCACUUUGGACAAAUUCGCAGCAGCUGUUUUGCUUUGUUUGCACAUGCUAAAGACCUAUCUGAAACCAUAUAAUUAAAACCAUGGUAUGUAUAAAAGGAGCUUCAUUUAAAGAGAGUUCAUCUGGCUAUUGAUGUAAUCAUUAACUGCAACUUUGUUCUGCGUACAUUGAUGAUCAUUUGUAAUGCACUUUUCAUCUUUAAUAUUCUUUUUCGAGCUAGGACCUCCCAGUUUAUAAGCUAUUUCAUGUUCACCUUUUUGGCAUGUUCAUUCAUUCAUCAUAUAUUUGAGUAUUGGAGGUGCUGAUGAUACAGCAGUAAAUAAAGCACACAAAAAUUGCUACCUUUGGGUAGUUUACAUUUUAAUAGACAACACUGAACAAAAUAAGUAGAAACAAUGUAUCAGCAGGUGGGAGAGAAAUAUUGCAGAGAAGAGAGAACGCCUAGGGAGAAGUAAAUUUGCCCUUUUAAAAUAGGCCAUACUGAGGCUAUAUUUGAACACACACUUGAGGAUUAAUCAUGUGCAUAUCAGGAGAGAAGAGGAUCCCAGGCGAAGCAAACAGCAAAUGCAAAGGCCCUGAGGCAGAAGUAUGCCUGCAACGUUCCAGAAAGGAGGCUGGAGCUUUAUAACCAAGGGAGAAAAUAGAUGAAAUCAGAAGAUGUUAGGCUAUUGGAGGGUUGUUAGCAGAGAGAUAAUACGAUACAACUUCUGUUUUGAAAGAUCACUAUCACUGGCCUCUGGAGAAUUAAGGAAAUGAUGGUGGGAGAAGAGUUGGGUAUUAAUUGUAGUAACCCAUAGGAGAGAUGAUGAUGAUGACAACUUGCUCUAGGAAAGUAGCAAGGGACAUGAAGAGAAGUGGUUGGACUCUAGGUAGAACACAAAAGGGGAAUGAACUAGAUGUGCUAGGAAUAUAUGAGGAGUAUGGAGAAAGAGUGAAGGAUGAUGUUAGGCAUUAUGACUAGCAACUGAGAGACUGCUGGAAUUGCCACCUGCUGCGUUGGAAAGGAAUGUGGGCAGAACAGGUUUGGGUGAAAGGGAUUAAGGGUGAGAUGGCAAAAGGGCACAAAUAUUGAAAAAUCAGAAUUUUAUUUAUUACCAUGUACUUUACAUUAGAAAUGAUUGCAUUAGCCCUUGCAUCAGAAACAAUUUCCAUAAACUUAGUUUCCUUUAAACUGAA